AGGCGCAAUCCAUGACACCAUGUGGAAAUAGGAGGCAUGGAGGUGUGUCCCGUAUGCAUUUCCCGAACAGGCGCUUCGUUUAGUUACUAGUAUAUGAGGUAACAUUCGCGUCUAUUCCACUUUAGCUUGUCAGGCAAAUGUGCGCUUAGUAGGUAAAGUAGAAGGGAAUAGCUUUGCUGGGUCUCGGGAUAUUCCUAGUUGUAACUGGGAGAACUUCAUCAUCGUCAUCGAUAUCCAGUACUCAAGAUAGAUCAGCUUUCCUGAUAUCAAGAUACUACUUAAGAUUCUACUAUCUUGGACAAUAAUAAAAAAGGAAAAUGCCCUUCCCGUAUAAGAACGUCCUCUUAAUCGGCGCCACAGCCGGAAUCGGCCUGGCGCUAGCGGAGCGCAUGAUUGACAACGGCAUCUUCGUCAUCGGCGUCGGUCGCCGGAAGGAAAGGCUCGACGCAUUUGUAGCUAAGUACGGGUCCAACAAGGCCGCAGCAUCGCAAUUCGAUAUCACCGAGUUCGACAAGAUCGAGGCGUGGGCUAAAGACAUCACCGAGAAGUACCCCGACAUCGACGCCGUGAUCCUCAACUCAGGCAUCCAGCGCACGCUGGACUUCUCCAAGCCCAAGGAGAUCGACCUGCCCCGCACGAUACAGGAGCUGGACACAAACUACACUUCGUACCUGUAUUUAAUCACGCACCUGCUACCGCACCUACAAGCGCGUGCGCCGAAACCCGCGGCUCUAGUCGCCGUGACCUCCGGGCUAGCACUAGUCCCCCUACCGCGGUGCGGCAACUACUGCGCGACCAAAGCGGCGCUGCACUCGCUGCUAUGGUCCAUCCGCGCGCAGCUCUCCCACGACGAGGGCAGCCAGCACAUCCGGGUCGUCGAGAUUUUACCCCCGGCCGUAAGGACCGAGUUGCACUCGCAGCAGGCGGAGCUUGUUAAGAUCGGACAGGGCGACAUCGGUAUCCCCGUUGAGCAGUUCACGGACGAGGCGUGGGCGGGCUUGGUUAGGGGGGAUGAGGAGAUUCCCGUGGGCCAUGUUAAGGAGCGCUUUGAGAUUCUUGAGGGCCCGAAGAGAGUCCCGUUUCAGAAGAUUGUAGAGACGUUUAUGGGGAAGAAGUGACAAUUAAAGGAGAGGCUGUAAGCCUAGGGUUUUUAUAGCGACGAGGUCCCUAGUUUGUAUCACGGAAGAGAUAGAAGGUUCAGGGUAGAGAUGUUGGUUCCAUGUCGUCGAGCUACUAUUUCCUCGUAUCUUGACCUAGAUACAAUAGCCCCUUUACAAUAGAAUCGACAAAUGUCGUGAGUUAGCAAUGGAUAUUCAGUUUAGUAGACGAUAUAUAAUACCCC